AGGAAUUGGAGGAGAAUGAGGACCACCUGCGACAGUCGCUGCGCCGCAUGCCGUGCCUUCGGCAGGUGAGCGAGGAAUUUCUUCAAGCCAUUGAGAAAGGUUUAGUGCAUCAGUUGUACUUUUCAGAGCAAUGUAUUCUCACCGAAGGUCAGGACAGCUCCUUUGCGGCCUUUCUGAGUGAUGGGGAGGUGGUGGUGGAGGCCGCCCAGCGUGCGGUGCGGCGAGAGGAGGUGCCCUUUGUGGAGUUUCGCUUCACGAUGAACCCGGAGGCUGAUAGUCGAGCUUCCAUGGCUGAGAGCGAGGAAGGGCGACGUGGCCAGUCCCAUCGUCGUGCCUCACGAAAAAAGUCCAUGGUGGUGGAAAGUCGACGAUCAGGCGAGGACGUGGCGGUUGAGUCGCUCAUCAGCCUAACCAACAAGGCGAGGACCGAGGCAAUGAUCGCGGAGGCCGUGGCAGGCGGCCUGACGCCUGGCUAUGACGUCAAUGCUCUGCCGGAGGCGGCCCCCUUUGGAGAGGAAUGCCUGCUGGGCCUGGGUCCUUCCAGCGUAACGGUGUCUGUUUGCAAGCUGUCGGUGGUGCUGCUGCUGCAUCGCGCGGUCUUUGAGCAGCUGCUCCAGGACUUCCCCAAGGAUCUGGCUGCCUUGAGCCGUUUUCAACCAGAGAUGCUUCCCAAGCCUAACUUCCAGGAUCUGCCCAUUUGUCAACAUGUCGACAUGAGCAACGAGUUGCUGGACUUCUUUGCUCGUCAUGUGGAGCGACGGAUCUUCUUCCCAGGGGACAACAUCGAACCGGACAAUGUGCAGAUCUUCCUGCCCAAGCAGCUCCUGAAUCCCGCCUCCAACAUCACCUAUGCCAUCGUGAGCUCCGGUCACGUGCGCGUGAAGACUCCGCCGGGCCUGGAGCUGGCGCCCUUUGGACACCUCUCCUCUGGUGAUAUCCUGGGUCCAGGCGCUGGUGAGUUUUUCAGGACAUAA